AUGGCUCGUGCCGGCUACCAAGAAUCUCCCUUCUUCACUCGUCCAACAGACGGAUACAUUCGCUCAACCGAGCACUACAUCCCGGAAAGCCAACUGAGCGACCGGGUGGAGUAUGACAUGGACGAGCAGGACGAGCAGUGGUUGAUGGACUACAACGCGGAGAGGAAGAAGACGGAGGGAGAUGAGAUAUCCCCAGAGGUAUUCGAGAUCACAUUAACGAAGAUUGAGAAAGAGUGGACGAAGCUCGAUCAACAAAUUCCGAAGAAGGAGGAUGAGGAAGGCGAUGCGGAAGACCAGAGAUGCAGUAUCUGCGAUGAUGGGGAGGGAACACACGAUAACCAGAUCGUGUUCUGUGAUGGAUGUAAUUUGGUUGUGCAUCAGGAGUGUUAUGGCGUGCCAUAUAUUCCGGAAGGACAGUGGUUGUGUCGGAAGUGUCAGAUCACGGCGAACGCGAAUGUGAACUGUUUGUUUUGUCCGGUUCAUGGGGGCGCGUACAAGCAAACGAAGGAAAAUGAGUGGGGACAUUUGCUUUGCGCACUAUUCAUCCCCGAACUGUCCUUGGGCAAUCAAGUCCUCAUGGAACCAAUCGAAGGGGUCGACAAAAUCGCUAAAGCGAGGUGGAAGCUCACCUGUACCAUCUGCCGACAAAAAGUCGGAGCAUGUAUCCAGUGCAGCAAUAAAGCGUGUUUCGAUGCGUUCCACGUCACUUGCGCCCGGAAAGCUGGAUUAUUUUUGGAUAUGAAG